GUUCUUGAAAAAGCAAUUUUUUGUUAUUUGUGUUUUAUUCGUUUUUUUUUUUGUCUGCAACGCAUAAUGAGUGAAGGAUUAAGUCAGGAAGAUUUUCGUAAAUUAAUGGCGACACCACGUCGACCUAAUGAAGACGAUUCACACAAUACGUUUAAAGCUCCAGCACCAAAGAGUUCAGGUGCGAUUUUCGCUAAACCAGUUUCGAUGCGAAAAAAAAACUUCAAAAAGAAUUUCAAAAAAGAGAGUGCCGACGAUGAAGAGGAAGAAGAAGAGGAAAAGAUCAAUUAUCGUGAUCGAGCAGCCGAAAGACGUCAGCACACGAACGAUCCUUCAGACGAUUCUCAACUUUCAACUGAAGAAUUACUACAACGUACUCAAAUGGAAGCAGGUCAAGAAUUAGAUGCCAAACAAUUAUACGAACAAUCGAAAUACUUAGGCGGUGAUGUCAACCAUACCCAUCUCGUCAAAGGCUUAGACUUUGCUCUACUGAAAAAGAUUCGAACCGAUCUCAGCAACAAAAAAGAGGAAAAAGAAGAAGACGUAGAGGAAGAUGUCAUAACAGAAGAACCAAUGGACGUAGAUGCCCAGAACGAUCAGGAUCUCGACCAAGUACUAGAGAAAUUUGAACGAGGUGAAGCAAUGCUCGAUGAAGAAGUUACUCCUGUUGAAGAGGAUGCAGAUAAACCCAAAUUCUUUACCUUGAUGGCUAAAAACAUACACGAUCAAAUUAUGCAACAAUGUUCAGAUGAGCCAACAGCACGCGUAGAAUUAUUUGAGCCGGGUAGGAUGGCUUUUGUAUUUGAAUUGGCCGACGAGGUAGGACAUUACUCGGAUGCAUUUGCUAUUCCCACAGCCAUCAUUCGAAGUAAAGCUGAUAUAACCGCCAAAUUAUCAAAAUCAGGCUGGUCAGAAGAUACCCAAGCAGAGACGAAGCUUGUGAUUGAAAAAAUCUCUCACGUCAUGCAAGCUGUCAGAAGAGGAGAUCGACAUCAUGGUUCUGUAAUCACACCUAAAACUACAAGAGAACUUACCAGUCAACCAAUAGCCAUGGUAGAAGAUGGAUUUAUGGGUGAUAUUUUUGCUGAUGCAGGUCGUGAUUAUGAAUUAGACGAAACCACUACAGAGACAAAUAGGACAACUACCCCCAAGAACUAUUUUCAAGGACUAGCAAUAGAUGAGGAGAUGGCAGAAGUUGUCAAUAAUGAUGAAGUAAAUGCGUUAUUAUCACAAGUAACAGGUAGAUCAGGGGAAAAGGAGGAAAAAGAGGAGACUGAAGAAGGGACGAGCAAGCGUAGAAAAUAUGAGCAAGUAGAAUUAGACGCUGAUGCAGCUGACAUUGAUAUGUUUGGACUUAGUUCAUCUGCACUUCCGACCUCUUUUGAAGAACAUAAAUCCACCGCCUAUCAAUCUGGCGAUGAUGAUAACGAUGAUGAUGUGGAUGAGACGGAGACAAAGGCCUCUACACAAUUUGUUGAUCAAGGUACAAAUCGUAAUAAGAAGGCUCAGUUAACACGAUGGGACUUUGAUACUGAGGAGGAGUGGCAAAAAUACAAGAGUACAAUUGAGAUUCAUCCCAAGAGCGCUUUCCAAUUUGGUGUUAAAUUAGGCGAUGGUCGUAAAAGGAACAGGGAAAGAAAGGGCAUGAAUGAUAAACAGCGUUUAGAUCGUGAUUAUCAACAAGUGAAGAGUAUUAUGUCAAAAAAGUAUGGAAAAUCGCUUGAUAAUUAAUAAAAAAAUGUCGUAUUUACAUGUGGGAUAAAAAAAAAAGAAAAAAAAAACCAGUCUGUUGUUGUGUGGGGGGAAUAUACUAUCUUGGUGUAGUUGAAUUAUAUUUUUU